UCUAGGAGACACGAUGGCGGCUCUUGGUCUGCGGCGCGGAAUGCAAAAGCUCUUAGACGUGUCGCCGACUGUGGCACGUCUGAGCCUACGGUGCGGCACGGGCCCGACCUUGGCCGAGGUGCUCCAGAUGCCGAAGAAGCAAAUGACGAAACUACUGUACCCGCUGCAGGAGCUCGAGCAGCGCCUGGUUCCGGACUCGAGGCUCGACCUGCACCUCAAGCUCUUCGACCCCAGCCCGGAGGACAUGGAAAGCGCCGAGGGCGUCUUCGCCGCCACCGCCCGGAACCGCAUCGAGUACCUCAGCUCCGCGGUCCGUCUCGACCACGCCCCGACCCUCGCCCGGCCGGAGGUGUGUUUUAUAGGCAGGAGCAAUGUUGGAAAAUCCUCCCUAAUUAAGGCUUUAUUUUCACUGGCCCCUGAUGUUGAAGUCAGAGUCUCAAAAAAACCAGGGCACACAAAGAAAAUGAAUUUUUUCAAAGUUGGAAAAUACUUUACUUUGGUGGACAUGCCAGGUUAUGGCUAUAGAGCACCUGAAGACUUUGUUGACAUGGUAGAAACCUAUCUAAAAGAACGAAGGAACUUGAAAAGAACAUUUUUACUAGUGGAUAGUGUUGUCGGAAUCACAAAAACAGAUCAUAUUGCCAUAGAAAUGUGUGAGGAAUUUGCAUUACCUUAUGUGAUGGUAUUAACAAAAAUUGACAAAUCUUCCAAGGGACAUCUUUUAAAACAAGUACUUGAGAUCCAGAAAUUUGUUAAUACACAAACACAAGGAUGUUUUCCUCAAUUGUUUCCUGUAAGUGUUGUGACUUAUUCCGGAAUCCAUCUGUUGAAAUGCUUUAUAGCAAAUAUAACAAAAAACUAACAACUAGUUUAAAGUUUCAAAAUUCCUUGUCUCAAUUGGAGCUAAACACCUAGAAUAAUUUCAAUAUUGUUUUAAAUGUUGUAUACUUGUAACUAGAGAAGAAUUACUUCAGCUUUAAAACCUGUUAUCUUCCCCAAAAGAAUGAAUUUGUGCCCAUGGAAAAAAGUUUAUAGAUAUAUGCUGUUCAUUAGGACAGAUACUAGCUGGGUUUUUUUACUUUAAUUAAUAAGAACUUAUACAAAUCUGUGAUAUGGAACCUGUAACUACUAUGUAGAGAAGGGUCGGUCAUGUUGAGUUUUUAACAUUUCCAAGAAAAUGUCAUCAUGUAUAUGCUAUUUUGUUAAGUCUAAAAUGGACUAAGGCAUUGAUGUUACAGGGUAAAAGCUCAGAUAUUAGCCUGUAAUCUUUUCUUGAGUCCUUAUUUAUUUGAAUAUUAAAAAGACUUAUUCUUGAUAAAAUUUGUCAGACCAUAUUCCAAAGACCAGCCAUUUCAGGCUGGAGUCAUGAAUCUCAGGUGAACACAAGAAUGAGAAUGAGAAACACAGAAUUCAAGUUCUAGUUUUAGUGUCAGUUAUCAAUUGGUCAUUGCACAAUGCAUUUAUUUCUCUUAAACUCUUCUAACUGUAACCACACCAACUUAUUAAGAUUAAAGUGGCCUAAAGUAAGAUGUUAUCUCAGGACAGCUGCACAUUUGCAAGCCCAAACUAACAAUAAAGCAAAAUUCAAAGAUGUUUACCACAAAAAACAUCCUGUCAUGGAGGAAGUAGCAUUUUUUAAACUCACAAUUCAGAAUGCAGAAGCAGAAGACUAGACCUUAAAUCUCCUAACUCCCAGGGACUUUUGCUUUCUUACUUUGUCCUCCACACCAGAAGUCAGGAUGGAAAGUCUUCAAGAGAUCAUCUGAAGGAGUGGGUGACUGAAUUGACAACUCAGGAAACAAAGCAGUCCCUCUAUAUGACAGCUAUACAGACCAGUUGUCUCCUACUGGUUCACCUUCAGUUCCCAGUAUAAAUGCAUUGAACACAAAGCUACUUAGAAGUUGGUGGCUGUUUGUAGACUUGUCACAAAUAAAAUUGUCAAUGGAAAGUUGUAUUUAUAAAGAAAAAAAUGUUUAUUUGAGCUUGUAGUCCCUAGGCAUUGUAUGGCAAGAAACAGAAUGCUACUAUAUUAUCACUGACCAUGAUUUAAGGCACAAAAAUACCUACUGCCACUUGAAAACCAUAGGGAAAGUGACUAGCGAUUGAGGGCUCUGCAUUACAACAGGCUUCAGAAAGCAGGGCACACCUAUAAUCCCAGAAUUUGGGAGGCUGAGGCAAGACACUUGAGUUCAAGGCCAGAUGGGGUAAAAGUGAAAAAUGUCCUUAAAAACAAGGCGACAGGGGACAAGCUAACAAAGGAAAACCAGCAUUUAUAUAUUAACUCUGGAUUUUAGUCUACCCGCAUCAAAAUCACCUGGAUUCCUUGUUAAAUAUGCAUGAAAACUUCUGGCCCCAUUCCCUUAUCCAUGGUUAUUGACCUUUGCAAAAGGCUAGGAAUCUGCCAACCCACUAAGAGACUCAAAGUCUCCUAUGAGAAAAUGCAGAACACAGAAGAGCAAAGCAGAAUAUCAAAUGUGGGAAAAUAUAGAGAAAAUCACAGAGUAGCCUUUGAAAAAGAUACUGCAUCUACCAGAGUACCUUUUCUUUUACAAUGUCUAUUACGUGACAAUAUACAACUUAAGGCUAUCAUAGAAGCUUAUGAUCUUAAUUCCAGUGGUUUGUAGAUUUGAAAGGUACCUCUCACAUUAUUAUUUAGAAAUACAUUAAGAUCCUGUCAUGACAAUUGUACAAGCAUCAACCUUUAGCACCAAAUUUAAAUAUAUGAUUAUUAGUCUUCUAUCCCUGGGUACAUUUUGUCACCUCUUAUUAUUUCAAUUUGUUUUCUAUUUAAGUUAUCCUGUUGUAUUUCACAUUAUCAUAAAAUAAAAAAAAACUCUUUUGGAAAACCCUAAAAACACCUUUAUAUACCAUAUGAAGUAAGUAAGGUGAAGAAAAGAAGAGAAAUAAUGGUUGUGAUCUGAUUCCUUUUGGUGGUCCAUUCCAACACAUAAAGACAGCAGAAGUGAAAUUGGCAGACCAAUCUACAGUGGAGCAAAUGAGACCAAAAUGAUAGUUUAGGGUGCUUCCUUGCCACUCCACCUUGCUCCCUUAAAACAUGGAGGAUU